AUGUGUAGAAAAUCAUCUUACAGAAUCUGUCAGCACCGCAGGCACAAGUGUGUCUCCUGCAUUACUGUCACUGUUAUUGUUCUUGGCUUGAUCUUGGCUGUUCUAAAUCUCUACCAGCUGCAGUGUAUGAAAGCUGAAAACAAACUGCAUGAGUUAAAGAAGCUCUCGGGGAAGGAAGCUGCAGCAAAUACACAUCUGGUUACCAAGAGGCCAGUUGUUUGGAUUCACGGUACCAUCAGGUCAAAAAAUAAUGGCCGCACUGGUUACCUCAAGCAUGUAUUUUUAGUUUUUGAGAAAUUUGGUUUUUCUUUUGGUGAGAAGUCAUCUGACUGGAUUGUUGCAUGGUUUCAUGAUUUUCCUUUUACAAAUUAUGCAGAGGUCAUGAAGAAUCUGAAACCGUACCAGAAAGUGAACCACUUGCCUGGAUCUGGUUACCUCACCAAUAAAGUCAACUUGGCACAGACCAAUCUGAAUUUUAUUCCUAGAGCUUUUGAAAUACCAGCAAAGAAAAAGCAGUUUGUGGAAUAUGCUAGUAAACACAGAAAUACCACCUGGGUGCAGAAAAGUAAUCAACACAGAGGAAUACUGUUGAAAAGUAUUGACAAUAUAGACCUUUCUGUACAAGGAACCUUUGUCCAAGAAUACAUUGCCAAACCGUUUCUGAUAGACGGGAGAAAGUUUGAUAUUGGUGUCUAUACUGUCAUCACGUCUGUGGAUCCACUUACAGUAUAUUACAUUGAUGGGGAUGCACUUUUUCGCUUUUGUCCUGAGGAGUAUUAUCCCUUUCAUGCUUCAAAUACAAAUAAAUAUGUUGUAGGAGAUGAUUAUUUGCCUUUGUGGCAAGUACCCUCUCUAAAAGAUCUGUAUGAAGAGAAAGGUUUUUCCUUUAAAAACACAUUCAAUGAAUAUCUUUCCUCUAUUGGAAAAGACCACACAAGUGUGUGGGACAAAAUGAAGUCUGCAAUCAGAGAUAUUAUUUUAAAGAAAGAGAUAUAUUUAAUUGCAUCAUUGAGGAAAUAUUCAUCUAAAUGGAACUUUUUUGAACUAGUUCGUUUUGAUUUUGUGAUAGAUGAAAAUUUGAAUGUGUUUUUGAUAGAAUGCAACAUGUCUCCAAAUUUGUCUUCAGACCACUUUUCUAAAAAUGCUGUUCUUUAUGAACAUGUGCUGUUGAAUACAUUGAGCCUUGUGGGUGUUUUGUAUCAGACUUUUACCUCAAACAAGACAACUGUAGCUUAUGAAGAAAAUAUGCUUGUAUCGCCUCAAGAUAUUACCGUGUUCCCUGACUACUGCAAGGGAAAUUUCUGCUCAGAGAACUGCCAGACAUUAAUAUGUCAACUCUGUGAGCCAUGUCUACAAGCAGACUUGUUAGUAGAUUUGAAGAGAACGUUUUUAGAGCAUGUGCAGAGAGGAUCAUCCCGCCGAAUUGUCCCACCCUCUGUUUCACAAAAAGAUGCUCUUGAAUGGAGUCCUGGAAUAGAUUUGCCAGUGUCCAAAUAUUUGAAUACAAAGAACAGACUCAUUUAUUUAUGGUUUGUUGGUAAAUGUCGUCAAGAUGCUGGAUGGUGUCACUGA